AUGGCCAAGGGUGAUGUUAACCAGGCCGACAAGACCGUCUUCGGCAUGCCCGGAUUCGUCGUCGACUUCCUGAUGGGUGGUGUCUCCGCUGCCGUCUCCAAGACUGCUGCCGCCCCCAUCGAGCGUAUCAAGCUCCUCAUCCAGAACCAGGAUGAGAUGCUUCGCGCUGGUCGUCUCGACCGCAAGUACAACGGUAUCAUGGACUGCUUCCGUCGUACCGCCGCCUCCGAGGGUGUUGUUUCCCUGUGGCGUGGUAACACUGCCAACGUUAUCCGUUACUUCCCCACCCAGGCUCUUAACUUCGCCUUCCGUGACACCUACAAGUCCAUGUUCUCCUACAAGAAGGAGCGUGAUGGAUACACCAAGUGGAUGAUGGGUAACCUUGCCUCCGGUGGUGCUGCUGGUGCCACUUCCCUCCUCUUCGUCUACUCCCUCGACUACGCCCGUACCCGUCUUGCCAACGACGCCAAGUCCGCCAAGGGCGGUGGUGACCGUCAGUUCAACGGUCUCGUUGACGUCUACAAGAAGACCCUCGCCUCCGACGGUAUUGCCGGUCUCUACCGUGGUUUCGGUCCCUCCGUUGCUGGUAUCGUUGUCUACCGUGGUCUGUACUUCGGCAUGUACGACUCCAUCAAGCCCGUUGUCCUGGUUGGUCCUCUCGAGGGUAACUUCCUUGCCUCUUUCCUGCUCGGCUGGACUGUCACCACCGGUGCCGGUAUCGCUUCCUACCCCCUGGACACCAUCCGUCGUCGUAUGAUGAUGACCUCCGGUGAGGCCGUCAAGUACAAGUCCUCCAUGGAUGCUGCUCGCCAGAUCGUCGCCAAGGAGGGUGUCAAGUCUCUCUUCAAGGGUGCCGGUGCUAACAUCCUCCGUGGUGUUGCCGGUGCUGGUGUCCUGUCUAUCUACGACCAGGUCCAGCUCAUCCUCUUCGGCAAGAAGUACAAGGGUGGCUCUGGCUAA